AUGAGCGUGGGGGAGUAUCUAGCGCUAGGUAUGGAUGAGAAAGGAAAAGCAGAAACUGCAUCAUGCGGUACUGAUAGUCCUGACACGGCAGGCGAUGCACCGCCAGCGCUAGAUAGGGGAGAUUCUGUAGACGAUCCGUCGCCUCCACCAGUCUCGGAUGCUGCCAAAUCCUUGGAAUCUAUCUUUGUCAGAGAAGCGUUGGCUUUUCGCGCACGAGGUGGUGGUUGCGGAAAACCUUUAGUUCAUUAUAUGGAUGGUUUCACCAUUGAGGAGUCGGAUGUUCCAUUUCCGUUAGCACAGUACGAUAAAAUCACGGAGAUAGUUUCAUCUGAAGUCUUGGACGACAUUAUGCCUCUUAUCGCAGACAUUGACGUAAAGAACAAAGUUGAGGAAAAGGGUAAGCUGCAGAUAGAUUGA